CCCAACUUGAGCGUCUCCCGGACAGGCAGCCAGGGGAGCAGAGCAGAGCGGAGCGAGUGUGUAGUUGUGAGUGUGAAAGCGUGAGACACACACUGAUACACCAAGGAGAUCGGGAGUUUUUGGAGCUGGCGAACGUGGAAGAAAACGAUUACCUUUUAACUCUCUUGGAAUAAUUUGCAUUUCUUGUCUUUUUAAAACUUAUGUGUCUGUACUAGAAGAAGCAUCGGGGGCCCCGAAACAUGAAGUCCUGGGUCGUGUUAUGUUUUUGUUUUUUCCAAACAGCCUGUUCACUGACACAGUUUGCUUCCAUUUCACCUCAGGACCCAGUGCUCACUAUUGGCUCUUCUCUCACGGCGACAUGUGUGGUCAAAGAAGAAUUCAGCCUGGAGGCUAAGACCCUGUUCUGGACGCUGAAUGGGAAGAGGCUGCCCGCUAAGACCUACACCAUCAUGAACAAAACUGCACUCGCUAUCACUCUACAGCAUCUCAACGGCUCACGGCAGCAGUCCGGAGACAACCUUGUGUGCCACAGCACCGAGGGCCACAUCCUGGCAGGCUCCUGCAUUUAUGUGGGCAUGCCACCUGAAAAACCAGUGAACCUGACCUGCUGGUCCCGAAACACCAAAGAUCUCACCUGCAAAUGGAGGCCUGGGGGCGAGGGUGAGACUUUUCUCAAAACCAAAUAUACACUCAAGUAUAAACUACGGUGGUACGGGCGCGAGAAGGAAUGUGACGAUUAUAACCUUGGAGACCCCUACUCUUGCUACAUCCCACGUGACUUGGCUUUAUUCACACCUUACGAGAUUUGGGUGGAGGCCACUAACCGCUUGGGCACGGCCAGUUCUGAUAUCACUACGCUGGACAUCCUUGAUGUAGUGACCACAGACCCUCCAUCAGAUGUUCACGUAAGCAGAGUGGGAGAUCUGGAAGACCAGCUGAUUGUGCGUUGGAGUUCACCUCCGGCCCUUAAGGACUUCUUGUUUCAAGCCAAGUAUCAAAUUCGCUACCGGGUGGAGGAUAGCAUGGAGUGGAAGGUGGUAGAUGAUGUCGGAAACCAAACGUCUUGUCGACUGGCGGGGCUCAAGACUGGGACUGUGUACUUUGUGCAAGUUCGCUGCAAUCCUGUCGGGAUCUAUGGCUCUAAAAAAGCUGGCAUCUGGAGUGACUGGAGCAAUCCCACUGCUGCCUCCACUCCCCGAAGUGAGCGCCUGGGAGACAGUGUCUGCGACCCAAAGAGUGGCGAGCAAAACUCAACCCUGCGCCGGGAGCUUAAGCAGUUUUUUGGGUGGGUUCGCAAGCAUGCCUAUGGCUGCAACGGCAUGAGCAUCAAAUUGUAUGACCAGUGGCGGGUUUGGCUACAGAAGUCCCACAAAACGCGCAACCAGGUAGGUUCUACAAGGAGAUAAAUCCUAGCUGGCCCUUUCCGGGCACCCCAGGGUCAGUCAAAACUUUCCAAUGACUCGUGCCCGGGAGAACAAAGAUGCUAAAAAUCAUUUGCCUUCUACCAGCCAACUGCAGAAUUGGGGCUACCUGUGCCACUACAAGUGACCCUCCGGUGGAGACCCGUCGCCAGAAGGACGCCAGUAAUCAGCCGUCAGUGAACUUUGCAUGAGGUCAUUGGGAGGUUUCCUUUAAAGUAAUUGCAGCUGAUACAGGCUUUGUGCUUUUCUAACACUUGGUUCUUGUUUUUACAGAGUGUAGGUAUUUGGUACAUUGUGCUUCUAUUACUGAUUAAAAAAAAUCGUUCUGGAUUCAAACCUUAA